AUGCAGCUGAAGGCAGACAACAAACGCAUGGACAGUGCUAUUGCUCAACUGCAAACGCGGCUGCAAGACGUGGAGGGACCCCUCUCCAGGUUGAGUUUGCGAAUCACCCACGACAUGGCUCGUAAAAAGUUGGCCUUCUUGCUGGAUCCAACGCUCAACGAGAGCACGUGGUCGGGCUUCUCAUGGAGCGACUUCGUUACUAAAUUUCCUAUGGAGAAGGCCCGGGCAGCCUUGAGCAACGACUCACCUUGGCUCAAAGAUGCUCAGAUUCUCCCCCUUCUGUAUUUGCCAGACAAGUACAAAUCUUUCCGCAGUGCUGGGUCGAGGGUGGCCCACGAGGCCGAAGAACCCGAGCUGGCGCUUGCGAUUCUGCGUCUCCCUGACAAACCGCAACGUCGGGCUUUCCUAAGCCUCCACGAAAUCGUUCACGGCAAGCCAGCCGAUUUCCCGCGUACCUAG